AUGCAACACUUAUCAUCGUUCCGAGUUGGUUCUCCAAACUCAUCCACACACGCAACGAUGAAUAAUGUGGUGAAUAUUGCCGAUGAUAGACAUGCCUUUUUAUUAAUUAAAAAGUUUCCUUGUCAGUAUUGGAAUUAUACAGUGGCUCCAUCAGGUGGUACUUUGUAUAUCACUCCGAGAUUUGUAUUAUUUGAAUAUGGAGGUAAGGGAGGUGCUGAUAAUUCUUCUUCUGUUGGUAGUGGUGUUCCAGGAAUUAAUUCAUCCAUGAUGAUGGGCAAUAGUGGUGGAGGUUAUAUUGAAGAGGAAGAUGUAUAUACACAACUUCCCAAUGAACAAAAGGAAUUGAAAAGUCAUGCUAAUUGUAUUAUUAUUCCAUUUCAAGAUAUACAACUUGCAUCAAAGACUACUUAUUUAUUUAAAUCAGUUUUAUUGAUUCAAACUAAUUUGACUUCAUACUAUUUUAUUGGAUUGAAGAGUAUCACAAAUGCUUGUUCGGUUAUUAAUCAUGUUUUGGAUCAAUUGAGAAUGUAUGGAUCAAAACCAAGAUCCGUUUCAAAAAAGAGAAAGGAACGUGCUAUUGAAUUAAAAGUUGAUGAGAAUGGAUUCUUGAAGGAAAUUCAAUAUGGAGAGGACAGUGAAGAUGAGACAGAAUCUGAUGGGCGACUCAUUUACUCAGCAAGAGGUAAAAAAUUGGAUCCAUUCUCAUAUAUUAAGAGUUUGACACCUUCAAAUUUUACCUCAAAGAAAUCAAUUGCAGAGGUUGAAGCUCAACAACAAUCUCAAACAUCCUCACAAUCUAUUAUUCCAACAACUAAUAAUGCCUCUAAUGCUACUAGCUCCUCAUUCAAUUAUUAUCUCUCUGGACUCUAUUCUUAUAGUGUAGGUCCACUUGUAAAUAUGUUCACUACCACAGAAAAGAAAGACUCAACACCUAAUUAUAUGGACCACUCAUCAUUGGAAGUUUUAAUUAAGGAUGAUAGAUGGUACAAAAAGUAUAUGAUUUUGGACGAAACAGGAUUCUCUAUUAUUGACCCUUCUAACAAGAAUAAGACUGAAUUAUUUGUACCUUAUAAUCAAAUCACCGAUGUUCAUACUGUAAAUACAUUUAUUUGUAAUUUAAGCUAUCAAGAAAGUGAAAAUCAUGAAUCUAAACAUAUCAAAAUGAUAUCACUCUAUCUUCCAAUCAUUCUCAAUCUCUUCCUUCAAGAGAAUCAAACCAUUCUCUUCCUCGAUGAGAAAAUCUCUACAACCAUCCAACUAGACCAUAAUCUUGCCAAUCAACUUAACCAAUCUGGAACUGCUGAUAUUGAGGAAAUUCUCAAUCAAGAAUCUCCAGAAGAAAUCAAAUCCCCAAUGAUGAUGUAA